AAGCCCUUCCUGGAGCUUUUGUUUUGCCCUGUGCUUUACCACAGGUGCUCCCAGCGGAGGGGAGCAUCAUGGCGCAGCCUGGAAGGCCUCCCCAGGUCAAUGGCACCCCAGGGACCUGUCUGGAGAGCGGGGCAGACCAGGACCACUCUGAAGGACGUGGCCAAGCCUGGUCCCAUUGGCAUGGAGGUGCCACUGCUCUGCUGCACGCCCUCCCAGGGAGGUGUUGGGUGGCCCCACUCGCGCCCAGCCCCUCUCUGCCUCCCCACGCACACCGGCCUCGCCUUUGUGUGAGCUGCGCCGUGUUUACCCUCACACUUCCUUGUUCCACUCCGGCACGAGGGCCAUAAACCGCACGGCUGGCACGACCGAGCCCUUGGCAGCAGGACCAGGAGGAAGGCGAGGAGGGGGAUGGCAGCCAGCCCCCUGCCCCGUGUCAGGAGGGCACCCCGAGUGCCGCCGUGGCGGCUGGGAGCGCAGCCCUUCCCCUAGCUCGCUCAUGCCCACCGGCCGCCCUCAUGCUCGGGGCCGGGGCCGCGGGGGGCCACAGGACCUACUUCCCCUUCUUCUCGGACUUCAGGGGCCGCAACGUGACGGCCCUGCGCAUCGGUGAGUCGGUGGCGCUGGGCUCCAUCUUCCUGCUGGCCUUGGUGGGCAACGUCUGGGGCAUCUGCCUGCUGGCCUGGCGGCGGCACCGGCUGUGCGUCGCCAACUGCCUGGUCCUCAACCUCUUCUGCGCUGACCUGCUCUUCAUCACCGCCAUCCCCUUCAUCGGCGUCGUGCGCUGGACCGAGUCCUGGGUGCUGGGCGACGUCAUCUGCCACAUGCUCUUCUACGUGAUGACCCUCAGCGGCACCGUCAUCAUCCUCUCCCUGUCGGCCGUCAGCCUGGAGCGCGUCGUCAGCAUCGCCCGGCUGCGCCACGCCGCCUGCCGCCGCCGCAAGGUGCUGGCCGCCGCCCUCCUCGUCUGGGGCUUCGCCGCCGCCGUCACCCUGCCGCUCUGCUGCUUCUUCACCGUGGUGCGGCUGCCCGCCGCCGCCGGGGAGGAGGUUCAGAUUUGCACCUUGGUUUGGCCCAGCACUGCAGGAGAAAUACUUUGGGAUGUGACCUAUGCCAUUGUUGUCUUUUUAAUACCGGGAUUAGUCAUUGUCAUCAGUUACUCCAGAAUCUUGCAGAUUACAAAAGCAUCAAGAAAAAGUUUAAAUGCUGGUUUGGCCUACUCACAAAAUCAUCAGAUUCGUGUUUCCCAGCAGGACUACAAACUAUUCCGAGCCCUCAUUGUGUUGAUGAUCUCCUUCUUCAUCAUGUGGAGCCCAAUUAUUAUCAUUAUUUUUUUAAUUUUAGUCCAGAACUACAAGCAAGAUUUAAAUAUUUUGCCAUCAGUUUUCUUUUGGAUAGCGCUAUUCACUUUUGCCAACUCUGCUGUCAACCCAGUUUUGUAUAAUGUUGCCCAUUUCAGACGUAAAUGUCAGGAAAUUCUUCUCUGUUUUACAGGGAACCAUAUAGGGAAUGGGGCUGGUAUAGAAACCAUUGCAAAAAGAAGUAAACAUGAACAACCUAAUUUGUCUUUCAUUACCAGAUAA